UUUGAAAUGAAUGUUUAAAUACUAUAUUUUCUUACUUUCUAUUUGUGAUCUACAGUUUCUACAGUUUCCCGCUUCCAUGUUUAUCUUUCUAAACUUGAGAAAUAUUAUUGUUUCUGCUUGUGUCUUCUCUCCGUGUUUAGAUUUCAAUUUUUGAUUUCCUGUCGUUAUGUCUUUGAUGUCAUCUUUUCCUGUUCUAUACUUCUUAUAUCCUGCUUUAAUACCUCCCCCCCAUACUUCUGCUACAACCCUUUUAUAUAAACCUCCCUCCCCCCUACCCCCAGUAUCCGGUUGAAAAUAAAGUUUAUCACCUUUCUCAGCAAUAUUUAACGAUCCAAGAUUCUUUGAUAUAUUCCGAACCUCCCCCCCCUCCCACAUACACACACAUGCCCCCCGCACAACCCUAAACCAUUGGUUAAGACCGGACGGCCGAUCUCCGGGUUUCCGGUCGACCAGGAUCCAGGAAGAAGGGUCGAGGACGGAUUCUCCGGUCAGUAGCGGUCAACACGGUGAAUCCUGGUAUCUGGAGAUAUCCUGGAUAUAUAAACCAGGACGGAAACCAUUCAGAGAUCAGUUUACACCAAUCCUUCAUCACAUACUUUUAUCAGUAAACAUACUUUUAGUGUUUAAUCAUGGUUUAUAAAGUUUUGCUCCUGGUUUGUAUCCUUGAUAGAGUCUCCAGUAGGUCUGUAAACCCUCUUCAGGAUCCUCUACUCCAGGCUAGAGUUGGAGUAGCGCAGUGUCGCGCUUCCUGUCUCCAGGAGGAUCCAACCUGUUCUAGUACUAGUUGUCUAGUGUGCUGGCAGACCUGUUAUAAAGAUGAGAGUGAGCUAGGACGGAUUUGUGAGGAUGAAUCCUGUGGAGAAGGAUGUAGGACUGCUUGUAACUUCUACUCCGGUCUAAACAGUAUUUCAGCAGGACGGAGAACAGGAAGAUCCAGAUCUCUUGAGUUCUCCAGUUCUCCAACCCUCUCCAGCUGCGGGGAACUGAGUUGGGGAGCUCCUUCAUUUUCAGCAAACAGUUUCAUAGUUAGUUCUGAGAGAUCGAUAAAUUCUCCAGUGUUCCUGGUUUUAGGCCGGGAUAGAUCAGGAAGAUGGUAUGAGAUAAACCAAACCGAAACACUAAAUACUAGAAUCCAGGUUCAAACCUUGGCUAAACUCCAGGAGAUUGUGAUUGCAGGAGUAGAACGUAGUGGAGUUAUGCUCAACACUAAGAUCACAGUAGAGAAACAAGUUCUUGAACCUUGCAGUACUAAUUCUAACCCCGGAGAAGUGAAAGAUGAAUCAGCCUUGUCUCCAAAUUUCGAACUAAAGCUGGACGGAAUUAUAUCCCAGGGUGUUCUUGUCAAGGUUGGAUUAACCUGGAACCAGGAUAUCAAGGUGUCCUCGAAGUUGUCAGGUUCCAGGUUCCUGGUUGAAUGGAAACAGGUUCCAGAGGGGUUCAUCCGAGGUUCUCUUUACACCAACUCCAGCUCUGUAUCCUUAGCUCUCCUUCCUUCAACCCUCAUCUCAGUUCAGGUUCAAGAUCUUGCUGCAAACCUGAGAUCUGCUCCUAUCAAUGUUAGCACCUACUCGGAGAAAUCGAACCUCGACCUCAACCUUUCUCUCGUAUUUUCAAUCAUCUCCAUCCUUUUCUCCUUCCUUGCCCUUCUCCUCAUCCUUCUCCGAGUCUACUCCAAAACACCAACUAUCCAAACCAAACCUAGCAAUAAUAACUCCGUCCAUCCUUCUUCAAUAGUACUCCUGCCCCCUAGUUCCCCCCUGCCCCCCUACUCCUCCUCUUCUCUACAAAACGUGUUUAGUUUCCAGUCUCCUAAACUAAAAGAAGUUAAUAUUGUCAACGAUAAGCUGUCAACUAUUAACGAUUUUAUCAAUCAAAAUGAGAAAUUCUAGAUUCCUAGGUUUUAUUUCAAACCUUGAGCGCUGUGAUCCUGAGAAAGCUGUAUUAACUCUCCUAAACAUGUUUAGAAUUAUAUAUAUAUAUAUAUAUUACUGUUUAA